AUGGCUUCCCGCUCAACUGCUAAUCCUCUGGCGUCUGCUAUCAAGCCGUCAGAUCUCCAGAGAGCUCAAGAGGCGCAACUGGAAAGGUGGCUUCAAGUUGCGGCUACCGGUGUUUUCAACGAUUUAGCAUGGGGAUGCCUUAACGACAGUGGACAUGGCAACCAAAUGUCUGUCCCAUGCGAGAAAAAUGGCCACGGCUAUUUUGACUCUCCGGAGCUCGCUGAAGCGGAAAUCAUGGAUGUCCUGUAA